UUUUUUAAUUGGUUCUAAGUCACAGAUAUUGUCAAAUUCGACACACGUUGGGCACUCUGUCGAUUUAUCAUUAAAUACUGAAACGUUCAAAAAGUUUACUUUUAACCGCGCGUAGCGAGUCAUAGUAGUUUUAAAGGCCGUAGUUGCGAAUUAGCAUCGAAAGCUAAUCUCGAGCUCGCUGGAUGAGUGUAACAAAAACAAGAAGGACACGAUUUGAGUUGAUAAGUUGAUACACUAUGUUCCAUGGCAUACCGGUUACAGGGAGCAUGGGAGGAGUAGCUCCAGCCAAUAAACCUGAGCUGUACGAGGAAGUGAAAUUGUACAAAAAUGCCAGAGAAAGAGAAAAGUACGACAACAUGGCAGAGUUGUUUGCUGUGGUCAAGACCCUGCAAGCCCUGGAGAAAGCCUACAUCAAAGACUGCGUCACCCCCAACGAGUACACGGCCUCGUGUUCCAGACUGCUGGUCCAGUACAAGGCGGCGUUCAAACAGGUCCAAGGCUCCGACGUGGGCUCCAUAGACGACUUCUGCCGCAAGUACAGGCUGGACUGCCCGCUGGCCAUGGAACGGAUCAAGGAGGACCGGCCAAUCACCAUCAAGGACGACAAGGGCAACUUGAACCGCUGCAUCGCCGACAUCGUCUCCUUGUUUAUCACAGUUAUGGACAAGCUGAGACUGGAGAUCAGAGCCAUGGACGAGAUCCAACCGGAUCUGCGGGAGCUGAUGGAGACCAUGAACCGGAUGAGCAACAUGCCACCGGACUCAGAAGCCAAGGACAAAGUCAGCCUCUGGUUGAGCACCCUGAGCAGCAUGUCGGCGUCGGACGAGCUGGACGACAGCCAAGUGCGCCAGAUGCUCUUCGACCUGGAGUCGGCCUACAACGCCUUCAACCGCUUCCUGCACUCGUCUUGAGCCAAUCGCGUUUGGCGGUUUCCGACACGUGACCGUUAGCCGCGUCCUUAUCAAUGUUCGGUACCAGCUCCCUCCCUCUUUUUUUUUCCCACUUUUCUUUUCAUUUUUUGACAGAGUUUCUCCUUCCUUCAAUAUUAUUGUCGCCGAAAAUGACAGGGAAAUUACUGUAUAUAUAAAUAAUUACAAAUUUAAAUCGUAUUAAAAUCUGGAAGGAUUAGAUUUGUUCGCUAAUUCGCAGCGGUUUGUUCGAUUUCUCACGCUGUCUGUCUUCUUUUAACUACGUAAUCUCGUCUCCUCCCCCGACCCCGGACCCGGUUUAGGGACGACAGUAAAUAUUUAUUAAGAUGUAUUGUUGUUUGUAUAAAUGUUUGGAUAAUGACAUCCAAAAAAAAUCAUACACACUUGUUCUUUUUAACAAUAAAAGUGGAAAUGUAUACUUCAAAA